AUGGACGAAUCGAGUUCAGAAUUUCCUAUUUGGUCGUAUUGCAUUCGGGUAAAGCAGAUAUCUAUUCUUUGUUACCCCAACGCUGCCCAUGGUCUUAGUUUAUCUAUCUAUCUAUCUAUCUAUCUAUCUAUCUAUCUAUCUAUCUAUAUAUAUAUAUAUAUAUAUAUGAAGAAAUAUAAAUUUGAAUCAAAAUGUAAUAAUAACCUACUUAAACAUAUCACACCCCUCAUCUAUCUAUCUAUCUGUCUGUCUGUCUGUCUGUCUGUCUCUCUCUCUCUCUCUCUCUCUCUCUCUCUCUCUCUCUCUCCUUCUUUCCUUCCUUCCUUCCUUCUUUCCUUCCUUCCUUCCUUCCUUCCUUCCUUCCUUCGUUGCCAUGGGCUGUCAGACUGUCCCUUCCUUUGCCCGAAAUCAGUUUCAACCGAUGCUCACCGUCUCUCACCUCGGCCUCUUUUCGUGCUAAGUUCAAUUCUCUAA